AUGCGCCGCUCAAAGCGAUCCCCCGCCGCGCGGGCCCGUCAUCAGCAGGUUUCGACAAGUCCCCCUGCCGUCGCCAGACGCGACUCCAAAGACGACACCACGGUCACUGACUCUGUUGUGACCCAGACAGAGACCAAGGUUAAGAAUGGUUCGACCUCGCUCUCGACGGAAGUCUUUACCACGAAGGUGACCAUCACAACGACCCCAACAUCUUCGUCGUCCUCCACGACCACAUCGACUUCGACGUCCUCCAAAAAAUCUUCCACAAGUAGCAGCAGCAGCAGUCAUUCAAGCUCUUCAAGCUCGUCGUCUUCGUCAACCAGCACGAACACCUCUAACACUUCAACAUCGUCGAGCUCUUCCUCGCCGACCACUUCGUCCACCUCAGGUCAAUCUACUUCCCCUGCGACUUCUCCCACCACUUCAACCUUAACUUCCGCUCAUUCUCUUGCGACUACUUCGUCGAGCACAGGUAAUGGCGCCUCCCCCACGAAUGGCUCUUCCCUUUCCAGUGGCCAGUCUGGAUCCAAGGGCCUCUCUACGGGCGCCAUCAUAGGUAUUGCCGUAGGUGGCGGAGCUCUCGUCUUCCUCAUCCUGAUCUACAUUAUUCGGAAGCGCUGUCUUCACCGCAAAGAGCGUCGCAUGAACGAGUGGCUUGGACGGGACCCCGUCGAGCCCAGCGUUUCCAGCGUGGAGAAGCCUCCGCUCUCUCCUGUUGAUCGCAGUACUAGCUUCAGUACGAAUACCCAUAACUCCAGGAGGGAGCUUAUCCCCGAGCAGGCAAGGCGCCAAUAUAUCCCGCCCUCGCAAGCCCUUGCGCAACAGUCAAUGCCCUCAGCCGCUGCCGUCCGGUCUAUGGCAGGCUACAAUAACAAUGGUGGCUUCUCCCCCAUGUAUGACAAUCAACCGCAGGCUGUACAAUAUCACGAUCCCUCCAUGGGCUACGCCAACGUGCCCGCAUCCGUCCCAAUUCAAUAUCGCGGUCCUGCUCCACUAGCGACGCAAUAUAAUAACGCAUACACUGCGCCUGCGCCUGCGGUCCCACCACCCACGCACAUUCAGACUCCCACUGGCUCGCCCAGAGUUCACCCCCCGGCGUUGACGCCCUCCAACGCACGCGCGCGCCAGGCUAGCGUGUCGUUCGCGCUCGUUCGAAAUGGCUUUGUGCCCAGUCUCGUGGACGAGCUUGCCGUUGGCGCAGGCGAGAUGGUCCGGGUUCUCGAAGAGUACGACGAUGGAUGGGCGCUGUGCGCCAACAUGCGUGGAUCGCAGGGCGUCGUCCCACAGGACGUUCUGCAGCGUAACCGCGCAAGCACGGCCAUAGGCUCCUCCGCUGAUUCCGGGAUGGGCAUGGCCCCACCAAUGCGCAGCCGGGACGAUCAGCUCGCGUUCGUGUCUCCGCAGAGCACCACCAUGGAGAGACCGUAUUGA